AGACGCGUUUUACGCUAAAUUGAAAAAAAAAAAUAAAAAAUAAAAACAAUAUUUGAAAAAAAAAUUACACUAACUGGUAUAAAGUGUUUUUUAAGCGGUUUGACGCCGCGUUACAAAAAUAACGAUCGAAUUUUUUUUUUACGUUCAUAUUGUUGUAUAAAAAUUUAAAGAUUUUUUUCUACUGUGUUUGGAAAUUAGUAGAAGUAUUUUAUAAUUUAUAAUAAUUUUUAAUUAAUUUAUACGGUAUAAUGGACCAAUAUUGUAUGAGAUUGUACCAAAUACUCGUAGAAUUUCAAAUAAUUUUAUAGUUUGUGUUACAGUUUGUGUUAUAAAAAGGAUCAAGUGCAUUUAUGAAUACGAGUAGAACAUUUUAUUAAUGACUUUAAAUAAUAAUUUAUCAAGUUUUUUUUGUACAAUUUACUAAGAAAUAGAAAAGGUGUAUCUAAUAAAAAUAGUUAAAAGUUAUUUGAAAAAAAUUUUAAUAAAGAAUUUUUGAUUAAAGUAACAAAAAAAAAAAAACAAAAUACGAAAAAAUAAAAAAUUCUUUAAGAAUUUUUAAGUAUCGGUACAUGGUGAAAAUAUAAAAAAAAAAUUAAAUAUGGCUACCACAAUACAACAACAACCAUCUCAUGAACAAUCUAGAUCUAAUCCACAAUUGAAACGUUUAGUUUACUCUAAAUAUCGUGAAAUGUUAGGUAACUAUAAUGACAAGGCCAAUACAAUAAUUCAAUCAUUACCAACUUAUAUGGUUACCGAAGAUAAAGGUUUUAAUUUUGAUCAUAUCAAUGAUAUUUCAACUUUGAAUAAAACAACUAAUGGUAAUCAUAAUGGACAUCAUCAACAUCAUGGACAAAAUAAUAAUCAUCAUCAUUCAAAUUACAACAGUAUUGACGUUGUUGAUAAAGAGGCCAGAUAUGGACAAGCACCACCGGCUUGCGUACAAAACGCAAUGAUGACAAAAGACAAAAAGCCAUUCACGUAUACACCAAGUGGCAUAGAUUUAUCCCAAAUAAAAUCACCUCGCAUGGCAAAACGUAUAGCACGUAACGCACAAAUGGAGGGUGUCAGUAGUCAGCCGAAACCAUCUCCAUUAGCAGCGCAAAAUAAUAGUGGUAAUGCAUCAACAACUCCACCAAUAGUGAUGGGUGCUCAAGCGGUUGGUAUGCCAGUACAAGUAUUUCCAACUGGUCCACCACCACCUCCACCACCCCAAAAGAGUGCUGGAGCACCACCUCCACCACCACCUCCAGGUAAAAAUACAUUAUCACCGCAACAGAAUGGUGCUGGAGCACGUAAAUCACCAUCACCAUUACAAAAAUUCGAACCUCCACCAAUGGGUUGUAGACCAGAAAUUAAAAUUCCACCAAAUCCAAUGGCUAAUUUACGUAAAGUACCAAAACCAAAAGAGAAAAAUGAUUUUUGGAUUGAAGAAUAUAGAAAAGAAAAAUCUGGUAGCCCAAUGCCAAUGGCAUCAGGUUCUGUGGCAGAAUCAGCAUCACAGUAUAAUUAUAAUCGAACACCAUCCCCAUCUCCUAUGCAACAACAUCAAGAACAAUAUCGAGCACCAAGUCCUUCAAGAUUUGUACAACAACAACAUGAAUCUCCACAAUCAUCGACACCAUAUAGUCCAAUGAAAUCUCCUGGAUUUUCUCAACAACAAUCACAACCUCAACAAUUUAAUCAAAAUUAUAGUACAACUCCUUUAAAAACACCCGCUAUCAAUCAACUAUCACUUUAUGAUCAAGACCAACAACAAAAUCGUGGUCAAAGCCCGUUACGCUCACCUGGUGUACAACAAACUCAACAAUAUGAUUUAAAUCGUGAAAGCCCAAUUAAAUCACCAGCAAUAUCACAGAUACAAAAUCAAUAUCAACAGCAAUUAGCACGUUCUUCACAAAGUCCUCAAAGAACUCAAAUAGUACCACAAGUUCAAGGGCGUGUUGAAUCACCAUUCCAUACGCCAAAAGAAGACAAUGUAAAUUUACAAAGAUCAUUAAGCCCGGUACGUGUUAAUAGUAAUACACAAUCGUCCCCACAACAACAACAUCCUACACAAUAUCCUUAUGGAAGAACAUCUAACGUUACAAGUCCAACUCAGAAAGAUCAGCAAGAGCAGCAACCAUUAUCGAAAGCUUCACAAGUGGGAUCACUUUAUAUUCCACCGGUUGCACCAGAAAAUCUUGCUGUAAAUCAACAACAAUCUAAUAAUCAAGGUAGUUUAAGAAAAGGCCCACCACCAAAUCGAUGGGUAACACCAACAAAAGAUGUCCCUGAUUGGGCACGACAAAAUGAUACAACAAAGCAACAAAACACACCAUCACGUCAAGAACAACCAAUACAACAGCAGUAUAACAGUUCUGUACCAUCGCCAUCAAAUAAAUGGCCACAACAACAACAAUAUCAACAACCAAGUCAUUUACAACAAAAUAAUCCCGGAUUAAAAUUACAAAUGAAUAAUCCACCUUUACAAACAGGAACACAACCUAAGGAGCAUAUCAUACCAAUUCAAAUCGAAAGAACACCAACUUCUAAUCCAACAACACCUGGGUUCCCGGGAUCCAAUCCAAAUAGUUCAACACCAGGAUCAGCUGGUUCACCUGGUUAUAUUGUCCGUAAUCCAAAUCAAUUCGUAGAUCAAGGUUAUCAAAAUUAUCCUGGACAACAACCAGUACAACAAAAUCAACAAGCUCCUGGUACAAGAAUAAUACCAAUUUCAAUUGAAGGACAACAAAAUAACAAUGGUUCUGGUAAUCCAUUCAAUUCGAAUAGUGUACGUGGUCCGGUAUCACAGCAACCGAUGGUGAUACAAAAUGGAAAUUAUAGAAUAUUUGUUCAUGACAUCCCGUUAGAAGCCGAAAUUCGUUACAGAAAAUCAAGGCUAAGUGAUCCGCGUACAUUACAACAUCAAAAUUCAUGGGGUGGUAGUACUAGCAAUGGACCAAGUCAAUCAAAAUCCUUUAGAAUUUUACAAAAGAUUACGUCAACUGAAGAUUCAGAUGAUAGUUCAAAUCGAAGUUCUCCGGCUGUUAAAACUAAUUUUAAUAAUAGUAACGAUCAACCUCCACAAUUACAACGGCCACAUUAUUCGAAACAAAUGAGUCAAAAUGGAUUACAAUCAGCACCUAAUACACCGCAAUCACCAUAUAUUGAUAACGAACAAUUAAAACGAAUGCAAAUAAACGAACAAGAUCAUUUGAAUUUUAUGAACCGUGUUCGAAGUCAGGACGAAGAUACAACCAAAUGUAAUGCAGAUGAUUUCCGCUAUCGUGGUACUACCGUACCAUCACAUACAUCCAAAUUGUUACAAGAUGUUCUCGGUCGUAAAAUGAAAGAAGAAUCAUUUGAUAAUUCGUACAAUGGUGGCGAUUCCAUUGAUCCAUAUAUUAGACAAAUGAAUGGAACACCACCAAUAAUGCGCCAACCACAACCUCCUCGGUACACCCAACAGCCAGGAGGUUUCUAUAAUGACGAUUACUUACAACAGCAGUAUGUACACCCUAGUGAACAAAGAGUACCGGAACCAAAAAAAUAUACUGGUAGUGCCAUCCCAAGUAGAUCAUUUAAAUUAUUGCAACAAAUGACAACACCUGAAAAUGCUGUCUUUUUUAUAGCCGAGAUGGAAGGCUCGGAUGUUGAACAUGAACAAAUAUCUUCCAAUUCAUCAUAUUCAUCACCGAACAAUGAUAAUAACGAUAACACUGAUAACAAUGUCAAUCAUAAUGAUAACAUGAAUAACGAAUACAAUCAUAAUAAUCACAAUAGCAACAAUAAUAAUGAUAAUAAUAAUAAUACAAAUUAUAACAACAAUAAUAAUUGUAGUAAUAACAAUAUUAAUAAUAACAACAAUAAUAAUAGAGCCCAACCAUCACCUACACCAUUAGAUCCACCAAAUUAUCCUUAUCCAUAUCCACCAUAUCCACCUUACGGAUAUCCAGGAUAUCCACCUCCCUAUCAAUUUCCACCGCAAAAUUUACAGAGUCAUGACAUGAAAAAUUGGCCGUAUCCACCUCCACCAUAUCCGUAUUAUUACCAUCCGUAUUAUCCUCCACCACCACAUCCCUUACAUCCUCCACACCAUAUACCACCCGAUUAUGAUCCACAAAAUUUUAACAAUUCAUUUUAUAAUAGUAAUGGUAGUUUAUAUGGCAGUUAUGAUUCAAAUGCGGCUGUACGAAGACGUCGUAAUUUAGCGCGUAGUCGAAAUGGUAUGAAUAAUGCAAUCACAAAUGGGUGGAGAAAUAGUGCACCUCCUAAUAUUAUUGUAACACAGAGUUUUGAUGAAACUGAAGAGGAAGAACAUAUGGAAUUAGAAAAACAAAAUUAUAAUAAGGAUGAAUUGACAGCACGUGGAUAUAGAGCAUCCAGUGUUAUAGUUGAUUCAAACUGUCAAAAACCUAACAUUGGUAUUAGAUCUAGUAGUGAGGCUCCCGAAAUAGAGAGUAUAAAUGCAAAAGAAAUAAUUUCUAGAUUUAAUAAUAUUAUUAACUCUGAUCAGAAUAAUAAUCAAAAGUUCAAAAAAAAUUCUGAUUCGAACAAAGGAAAUAAUUCUUCCAAUGAUUCUAAAGAUUUUGUGAGAGAAGAUUCUGUUAUAGAUGAGUUGUCAGCUAAAUUAGAUGAUAUUAAUAGUUCAGAUACAAUAAAUUUAAAUAUAAGCAAAACCAAUAAUAAAACAUAUUUAGGUGAAUCUAAUAAAAGUCUUUCAAAAUCUUGUAGAGAUAAUCCAAGCAGUUCACAUACACCAUCUCCUAACCUAAAUUCUAGUUCGUCAAAUUCCCCAAUUUCUAAUUUUACUCAGUCUGAUAAUGAAAUUGUUCCAGUUCCAAAAAUAAUGAAAACAGAUAAAAGUUCUUCCGAAGAAGAAUCUUUUUCUGAUUCUGAUGAUUCCGAGGAAUCAUCGUUCGAAGAGUAUGAAGAACCAGUAUUAUGUUCCAAUAAGUCUGUUCGUGAUAUACAAACGUAUAAUACUGAAACAGAUGAGGAUCCAACAACAGAAAAUAGUAAAAUUUUAGAUCAAGACGAUUUGGGUAAUGAAACUGAAGCUCCAGAAGAUCCGUUUUGUGAAGAAUCUUUUAAAGCUAGUAAUGAAAAAAUUGACAGUAGAUUUAAGGAAAUGUUUGAUGAAAUUGAGUCCCCUAAUUCGGAAGAGGAUGAAAUUCAAUUUGUAUUCAUGAAAGAUGGGCUGGAAGAUAUUGGUGAAGAAGAAGAAGAUGAUAAAAAUUUUUCUGGAAGUGAUACUGUUGAAGCCUUAGACAAUGAUGAUAAGACUGUUGAAGAUUUAAAUUCAGGAGAUGAAACAUAUGACGAAGAAGAUUUGAAUCUAGUAAGCGUUCGACUUCCCCUAAAACUUUCCUUUAGUCGUUCAGAAAAUGAUGAAAAUGUUACAACUGUGGAAGUAGGUACAAGCGAGAUUAAAGAUUCUUCAUCACGUCGUUCAAGCAUUGUUUCAAUAAAAGAUGACCUGAGCGAUUUUAACGCGUUAUCUCCACGUUCUAGUUUAGCUUCUACCGAACUUGAACACUAUUGUUGUGAUAAAAGCGAAUCAAGGAAGUCGUCGAUUAGUGAUAUUAAAGAUCAAUUAAAACGCAUCAGUUGUUCCUUUGAUUUUGAUGAUACAGAAAUGCCAAUUGAUUUACAGGAAAGAAGUGAAAAGGUUUCUUUAAGAGCAGAUCUUCAAGAAACAAAUUGUAAAAAUGAUAAAAAAAGAAAAAAUUCUGAUGACACACAAAUGCAAAAAGAAAUUAAUAGAAGGUUUAGUAUUACUAGCAUCAGUGCUGUAGAUAGUGAUGACUGUGAUGUAAGUGUUACAGUAAAUCUCUCGACGGUUCGUAGUGGCUCUAACGUAUCUGAAAAAUCCCAUGAAGCAAAUAAAAUUGAAAAAUCUCGAGAAUCUGUUUUUAAGAAAGAAGACUCUGUAGUUACAGACGAGGAAGAAGUUUCGGUUUCGUUUUCAUUAAAUAUGAGAAAUAAAUUUUUAAAUGAAACUUAUAACGGCGAUCUUACAAAUAAUAUAGCUAAAUCUGAUUCACAGUCCUCAUCAAAUGAUUGUGUUGAUUUAGUAAAUGACAAAGCAGAAGUGGUUAUUGGAUUGGAUAAUCAAAAGGACCAAAAAAAGGGAUCAACAUCAGAAUCUGUGCAAACCACUUGGGAAGAGCAUUCUAAAGUUACUUCAAUGCUUAUAGCGAAGUGGGCCUAUAACAAUCGUGACCUUGAUGAUGAAGAAGGAAAUAAUCAAGUAGAAUUAGCUAAUGAUGCUAUUGACUUUUGUGGCACUAUUACAAAAUCUAAUACAACUGAUGUAGAAACAACGCUUGAUCUUUCUACAAAUGUUGAGGAAAAUAAUAUAAGUGAGGAAGAUGGGGGUGAAAUUGAUUUUUGGGCUAAUAUUAAAAACCACGAUGAUGAUGGAUUUUAUCGUGCUCCAAUUGUACAUAACGAAUCAACAGAUGACUUUUGUAGUACAAAAACUAUAACCCAAAAUGGUGAUAUUAUAAGUCAGACAAGUACAAAUGAUAUUCAAGCCUUUAAUGAAUCGAAAAAACAAAAUGAAUUUUUGAGGUUACCAAAUCAUGAAGAUAUUUCAGCUGAUUUAUGGACAACUAGCGAAAAAGUAUCUAAAGUUAAAAAUGUUAAGAUGACGGAUAAUGAAGACAAUAUUGAUUUUUGGAGUGUCAUUAAUAAUGAAGAAGAAAAUAAAACGGUUCAAGUGACAAAGAAUGAGAGCGGUGCAAACCUUCUGUGCAAUAAGGAGUACGCCAAUGAAAAAAAGACUUUUGCUAUAACAACACAGAAUAGUGGUAAUAUUGACUUUUGGCAAACAUGUGAAAAAAAUAAAGAAAUUGAGAGCAGAAGUGCGAAACUUGAUGAUAAUAAAACUGAAAAAGAGGAAAAAGAAGAAGAGGUCACUGAUUUCUGGAGUUCCAGCAAAGCAUCUGAUUAUGAGGAUGAAGCCAAAACGUUGGAAAAACAUAAAGUGAUAGACAAAACUUUUGAAUAUUGGAAAUCAGUGGAUGAACAAAGAUAUGAAGAAACAGAUAUGAUUGAAAAGAACUUUACAGAUUACUUGGGCUACAAUGGAGUGUCAAAUGAUGAAGUAAAAAUGGAAGAUGUAAAUGGAGAUAAUGUUCUGACUUCUGAAGACAACAAAUGUGAAAUAGUAGAUGAAGCUCGUCAAGACUGUGAUAAAAAAGCUUUUGAAGAAAUGGAAUAUGAACCUGUAAUUGACUUCUGGGGAAAUUAUAGCGAAUCGAACACAAGUAAGCAAAAUGAUAGUAAAAAUAUAAUAGAAAUGCAAAAUGUUAUACAUAACACAAAAUUGGGCCAAAAUUUGCCAGAAGAAAAACGAAAAAAAUUAAAAAGUGAUCAGAAACAACAAAUAGUGGAAGGUGAAAGCAAUACAUGGGUUGAUAUAAAUUGUCCUAACGUGGAAUAUAACAUAGCAAAGGAAUAUAAAAUUACGGAAAGUAAAAGCAAAUCUGAAAUUUUGGCAGUUGAAAAUGCUUUAGGUGGUUCAACUGAAAUUAGGCAAAAGCAUACAAAAAGUAAAAAGAAGAGGAAAGAAUCAGAAUCUGAAACUGAAACAAGUAAAUUAGAUUGUAAUUCUCUAAAGAAAGAGAAACACAACGUAAAUGAAUCUGUGUCUGAAUCAAGUAAUUUAGAGGUUAGUAGUUCAAAGAAAGAUAAAUAUAGAAAGAGUAAAAGAAGUGAAGAUAUGAAGAAAGUGAAGGAAUUUGUAGAGGUCUCUGAGAAAGGUAUUAUUGAGGAUAAAGCAAACUUAUGGGAAUCUCAAAACAAUUUGAAAAACAACAGUAAUACUGAAACCGCUGCCGUUUCAAGUAUAUCAGAAAAGAAUAGUUCAGAAAGAGAAAAACUUAAGAAAUUAAGAACAAAGGAUGAAGCAAGAAUUGGAAAGAAAUCUAUUGAAAGUAAUGAUAAGGGUAUAAUAGACGAUAACAUAGAUUUUUGGGCGGCUCAAAAUGCUUUAGAAAACAAGAUAAAUUCAGAGCCAACGGUUAUGAAAAAAGAAUUGCAGACAAAGAAUUUUAAAACUGAUAAACAUGCAAAAAUUAAGACAGAAACAGAAGCUAGUGAAACUUUUGAUAAAGUUGUUAUUGAUGAUAACAUAGAUUUUUGGGCAGCUCACAGCAUUUUAGAAAGUAAGAAAAAUGUAGAGCCAGUACUUAUUUCAAAUGUUUGCGAAACUAUUGGAUCAAAAAAGGAUAAACAUAAAAAAUGUAAAUCAAAAGAAGAAACAAAGGAAAGAAAACAAGCGGUUGAUGAUUCAGAUAAGGUUGUUAUUGACGAUAAUAUAGAUUUUUGGGCAGCUCAGAGUGCUUUAGAGGAGUUUGUUAAAAGUCAGAACCCAAAUAAUGAUUAUGUAGACGAAAAUUUCUCCUCAGAUAAUAAAAUUAAAAAACAGAGCAAACUACAAACUGAGGUUUCAGUUGAUAUGACAGAAAAUAGUGAAAGUGUUAACGAAGUUUCUGAAAGUAAAGAAGGUAAAAAGAAAAAUAAAAAAUCUAAAAAACAUCGAAACAAACAUCCAAUAAAUUGUAUUUCUGAUAAGCAAAAUGAAUUAGAACUAUUAACCUCACAAUACUAUUGUCCAGCAGAAGAAGUUCAGUACUUUGGUGAAACAAAUGAAAAUAAAGAAAAUGCACAAGAAACUGUAAACGAAGUUGUUGAUAAUGAGAUUGAUUUCAAUGAUACAAAAGAUUAUUUUGAACAAAUUACAAAUAAAAAAGUUUCACAAAACUCGAAAUAUAUAGCAAUUGAACCCCUAAAGAGUUCCGAAAAACAAAGGACAGACUAUAAUCAGGAAAGUUCAACACAAAAUGAGUUUGAUUGUUGGAAUUCUUUAGAAAAUAACGCUGGUAAUGAAUAUUGUUAUUCUGAACAAAGUUUGAAACAAAAAAGUUCUGAUUCUUCUGAGCUUCAAAACUGUGAAAAAUUUUUACAAGAUCAGUCAAAUCAAUGUAAUCACAUUGAAAAUAUCGAUCAUCAGAAUUCAAAUGGAUUUAACGAUAACUCAAAUUUUGCACAAACUAUCGAUAAAAAUGAAAACAAAGAAGAAUGUCGAAAUAAUUAUAAAACAGCUAUGAACUAUUUCAAAAGACGAAGUUCAAUCCAUGAAGAAGAAGAAAAACGCAGAAGAGAUCGCAGUACAAGUCGCUAUGAUGAUAGACUUAGGAGAGACUCAAGUACAACAAGGUAUGAUUUUGAAAAGAGUAGAAAAGAAUCAAAUAUGACGCCAUGCGCAUUUGAAACAUUACGAGCGGAUUCAAAUAGAACAGUAAAUGAAUACGACAAGUUAAAACGAGGGUCAAGUAUAACUUCAAGUGAUUGUGAGAAAUCGCGUAAAAAUUCAAUUACUAAUCAGAAUGACAACAUGCCGAAAAUGCAAUUUCAUUCUAAUUCUUAUGAACCAACAGUUUUGAAAUCAAAUUCUAAUUGUUACCAAUUAGAUAAGUCAAGAAGAUCGUCUUCUAUAAAUCAAUAUGAAGCGACAUAUUCGACUGCAAUAGAUUCAUUUAAAAAUGAGUUUGAAAAUGAGAUUAAUUCUAAAGAAAACUGUUAUAAUUAUUAUAACACAAAUUCUCAUGAGGAUGAAGAUUGUGAGGAGAUUGAAAUUGAAAUUAUCCAUGAAUGCGAUGAUAACAAAAACACGAAUAAUUUGGAAAUUGCACAAGAAUAUAAUAAUGAAAAUGACAUUUCCAAAGCUUCUGUACGUCAUAAAAUAAUGGCCUUUGAAACAGGUACUGUUGAACAAACUAAAGAUAUAAAUAAGCUUGAUAUACAAACUUCUUCAAACACGUCAAAAGAGAAUUCGAAAGAUAACUUGAGCAGAACUAGCUCAUUACAAAGAUCUGAAUCAGAAAUAGAUGAUGAUUCUGGUGUUACAGAUAUGAGUAAGCUGAUUUCAGAGACUGACACCGAAUCAGAAUGUUUCCCAGAACUUCGUAAAAUGUCAAGAUAUGAACGAGCAGCUACACACUCUCGCUUAUUUAGAUUGUUAACUGACGAAAGUGAAGCGGUAACAGAUAUUUCAAAAGAACAAAUGACUGAAGAAGAAAAACGAUUAGCAGAGGAAUUUAAUUGUAAACCUUCUAAAAAGAAAAUUAUACAUAAUGUUUCGAUAACAAGGCGUAAUAAUCCUGAUGCGAUUAAACAAGCCGAAACUAUGUCACAACGCAGAGAACGUUUAUCACUACCUCUUAAAGCAAGCACUAGCAUAGAUUCAGAUAAUCUUUCAACAUCAAAUUCACCAAUGUCCCCAGCAACAAGUACAAAUAAUACGAACAAAGCAGUUAGUGAUCAAUUAGUUAACGAAUUAAUACAAAGUUUAAUGUUAAAAACUAGUGGUAAUCAAUUUAAACAUUUACCAAUGGAAAGAAUACAAGCAGCUGCUAAAAGAGUAUUAGAAGAGCAUUUAGAUUCAUUAGAUAACACCUCUUUGGAAUCAACACCGGCUUUAACACCACAAGAAUUUAAAACAGACUCUUAUUCGGAAUAUUACGAUUCGUGGAGUAAUAAAACUUCAAGUAAUAAUGUAAAUAGCAGUAGUACGAUACGAAAUAGUCCGAAAACAAUUAAAAAACCUGACGUAGAAAAUAAAUUACCUACCGGUAUAAGAAGAGGACGAUCAAUUGCAAGAUGUCCAAGAGUUAUUAGCUCAAAAACUGUUAAUACUGAUUUAACUAGAAUAUCUGAAUCACCAGAUAUAUUUCGAGCAAAUAGUAUGACUCGUAGUAGUAUAGAACGGGACAGUGAAAAUGCAUUUAAAUAUGUUCGAAGUAAUUCAAUAACUAGAUGGGGUAAAGUAUAAGAGCAAGGGUAGAUAGGGGUAAGCAAAAAAUUUAAAAUUUAAAUACGGACUGAUUUUGCAUUUAUAUAGAUAAGUUAGUUACAAAAAGAUCUUUUGUAGAUCAGAAUGUAUAUUUGAAUAUAUGAAAAAAGAAAUAUAAUGGUUUCCUAUUUGCCAAAUAAAUCAAAUGAUGUCAUAAAAUUUUCAAUUAAAAUAAUUGAAAAUAUAAAAAUUUACGUGAAAGAGGUUCAGAACUGCGAAAACUCUUUGUAUUUUACCUAAAAAACGUUCUUCCAAUUCAUUAACAAGAUAAGAUUUUUGUCAAAAUUUUGCAUCAACACAAUUCAUUCAAAGGUUACCAUUCAUUCGUUUUUUAAAAUGAAAUUUAACUGACGAAACAAAAAUAUAAAGUUUCUUAAUUUAUGUAAUGCUCAAAAAUCAGCUAUCAAUAAUAAUAAAUAUUUUAUUACCAAAUUUUGAUGCAGCUCCAGCUCACUGCCAUUUUGAAUCCGGAAUUUUCCGUGCGCAUUCUUCAAUUAUUAAUUUUUUUUUUUAAAGAUAACCUAUAUCUUGAAAAUUACUUUAAUUUAAUUGAAAAUAUUUUAACAUAACACAAAAUUAAAUUAAUACAAAUUUUUAAAAUAAAUAUUAUUUUGAUUAUAUGUUAUGUAAUAAUAUUCUUUUGAAUAUCAUAUAUGAGUAAAGUGUCAAGAUUUUCAUUUGAAAACUCGUUCAUUUAAAGCAUUUAAGAAAAAAAAAUAUUGAGAUCGUUUUGCAUUUAAAAAGAAAUUUUU